CCUUAUACCACCACGCUCCUACCCUACUCGAGUACUACACAAACCAUCCCAAACUCUUCAAGAUGACGACAAUGGGCCCAAUCGCCGAGCCCGCCGCUGGCAGCACACCAGCACCUCCCGCCGCUCUCACCGCCGAUCAACAGAGCAAGUACGACCAAUUCCUCACCGAAGUACGAGCCUGGGGGUCACUCCCCGCCUCCUCUGCGAAAGGCGCCGAGUCCACCCCUCUCGACGAUAACGAACGCAUGUGGUUGACCCGCGAAUGUCUGCUUCGUUACCUCCGCGCAACCAAAUGGAACCUUGCACAAGCCUCCACUCGCCUGCGCUCUACAGCUGUCUGGCGGCGCGAAUUCGGCACUGAGAAGCUCUCAGCCUCAUACAUCUCCCCCGAAAACGAGAAGGGCAAGCAGGUUCAGCUUGGCUUUGACAAGUCGGGGCGGCCAUGCUUGUACCUUCUGCCACAGAACCAGAAUACCAAGCCUGGGCCAAGACAAGUCGAGCACCUCGUGUACAUGUUGGAGAGGACAAUUGACCUGCACCCAUCAGGCCAGGAAAGCCUAGCGCUGUUGAUCGACUUCCGCAACACAUCCUCAGGCGGCACACCAGGACUGGGCAUAGCGAAGCAAGUUCUCGACAUCCUGCAGAACCAUUACCCCGAGCGCCUCGGCCGGGCAUUGUUGACACACCUUCCCUGGUACGUCUCGAUGUUCCUGAAAGCCAUCAACCCCUUCAUCGACCCCGUCACAAAAGAGAAGAUCAAGUACAAUGAGCCCCUCACCGACCACGUCCCUGCAUCUCAGCUCAUGAAAGCAUCUGGCGGCGACAUCGACUUCAAGUACGACCACGACGUAUACUGGCCGGCGCUGGAGAAGCUUGCUGCGGACCGCAGGGCGAAGAGGGCAGAGAGGUGGGAGAAAGCCGGCAAGCUGAUCGGUGAGAGCGAGAUCUAUCUUUGGGGUGGCGAGGAGCAGAGCGUUGGUGGUGGGCAAGCUGCGGAUGCUAAUGGCGCGGCCGCUGCUGCUCCCGCCGGUGUAGCUCCUGUCGAAGCUGCACCGCUCAGUGAUAACGCUGUUGUUGCGCCACCGGUCCACGCUCCAGGUGCGAACGGCGAUGCUGCGCUUGCAGACGACGUUGCGAAGUUGGACGUCAAGGACGGCGAGGCUGUCAAGCCUGCGGUCUAAGUGUGAUAAUCAUUUGAGCGUUGCAUCUUGGAGUUGAGCGAUAUGCAUCAUUAG